GGGCUGGCGGUGGCGGAGGCAUUGGGGGUCGCGGGGGCGCGUGUGGUGCUGAGCUCUCGACGCGACCAACACGUGGCGGCCGCUGUGGGGCGGCUGCGAGGCCAGGGUCUGGAGGUCACUGGGGUCAGCUGCCAUGUGGGGCGGCCCCAUGACAGGGAGGCCCUGGUCCAGAAGGCCCUGGCCACCUAUGGAGGCAUCGACAUCCUGGUGUCCAAUGCCGCCGUUAACCCUGCCUUUGGCCCCGCCCUCGAGGCUGACGAGGGCGUUUGGGAGAAGAUCUUCCAGAUCAACGUCACAGCGGCUGCCAUGUUGGUCAAGUUGGUGGUGCCCCACAUGGAGAAGAGGGGGGGAGGGUCCAUCGUCCUGGUGUCGUCAUUGGCUGGGUACAUGCCCUUCCCGGGCCUGGGGCCUUACAGCGUGAGCAAGACAGCGCUGCUGGCGCUGGCGAAGGUGCUGGGCCCGGAGCUCCGUCCUCUCAACAUCCGCGUCAAC